AUGCCUGAUGGCCAGAUGCCAAGUGACAAAACAGUUGGUGGAGGUGAUGAUGCAUUCAACACCUUUUUUAGCGAAACUGGAGCUGGCAAGCACGUCCCUCGUGCUAUUUUUGUAGACCUUGAGCCCACUGUAAUUGAUGAAGUGAGAACUGGAACAUACCGCCAGCUCUUCCACCCUGAGCAACUCAUUAGCGGCAAGGAAGAUGCUGCCAACAACUUUGCCCGUGGCCACUACACCAUCGGAAAAGAAAUUGUUGAUCUGUGCUUGGACCGCAUCCGGAAGCUUGCAGACAACUGUACUGGUCUUCAAGGUUUUCUGGUUUUCAGUGCUGUUGGUGGUGGCACUGGUUCCGGGCUUGGAUCACUUUUGUUGGAGCGUCUUUCUGUUGACUAUGGCAAGAAAUCAAAGCUUGGUUUCACCAUUUACCCCUCACCACAGGUCUCCACAUCUGUUGUGGAGCCCUACAACAGUGUACUUUCAACGCAUUCCCUUCUUGAGCAUACUGAUGUUUCUGUGCUUCUUGACAAUGAGGCCAUUUAUGACAUCUGCCGGCGUUCCCUUGACAUUGAGCGCCCCACUUACACCAAUCUCAACCGCCUUAUCUCCCAGGUGAAUAAAAAAAACUAG